AUGAAAAAGGAAGGAGAUCAAGAUCAUACGCGUGUAUCCAACGAACUUGGAGCUGAGAAUGUGAAAGGCGCCAAGAAAGAAACUUUGGUUUCCGUUAAGUUGUCUUUAGUUCUUGCUAUUGGCGUAGUGAUUGCCAUACUUAUCGGUCAUGAUGGUUGGGUUGGUUUAUUCAGCAAUAGCCUUGUGAUUAAAGAGGAGUUUGCAUCAUUGAAGUUUUUUCUUGCUGCUUCUAUAACCCUUGAUUCAAUCCAAGGUGUUCUAUCAGGAGUUGCAAGAGGAUGCGGAUGGCAGCGUUUAGUCACGGUUAUAAAUUUGGGAACAUUCUACUUAAUUGGAAUGCCGAUAGCAGCCUUUUGUGGUUUCAAGUUGAUGUUGUACGCCAAGGGCUUGUGGAUUGGUCUUAUAUGUGGAUUAUUUUGCCAAUCUUCAUCUCUCUUGCUUAUGACAAUUUUCCGGAAGUGGACGAAGUUGAGUGCUGCAGCUACGGCCUGA